UUUUAUCAUCUAGACCAAGAAAUCUCCAGUCUAAGAAAGAUUCAGAAGCCCAUCAAUGGCUGAUAUAUCAGCAAGAUUGAAUGAAAGGGAAGCGUCUUCAAUACUGAUUGAAAAAACCAGAAUAGAAAAGAUGGCCGACAUAGCAUUUGCAAGUGCUGCAAAUCUUGUAAAACUGCUUCCCACCACAACUGUAUUGACAUUUCAAGUAUUGUCACCCACUUUUACAAAUAGAGGGCAGUGUUAUACUGCUAAUAUAUAUCUCACAGCCAUUCUGUUGGCCUGCUGUGGGAUUUCCUGCUUUGUCACUUGCUUUACUGACAGCUACCGAUCUGAGGAUGGAACGCUUUACUAUGGCUUCGUGACCAAGACGGGCCUGCGAACUAUGAAUGAUGGAAUUAAUAAGACUGUGGACUUGUCUUCAUACAAGCUGAGAUUUAUCGACUUUGUUCAUGCAGUGUUGUCUGUCGUGGUGUUUGCUUCUGUGGCUCUCAUGGAUAACAACGUUGUGAAUUGCUUCUAUCAGAAAGCUCAGGAGAAUGCAGAGCAAUUGUUGAAGAAUCUUCCUCUUGGAGCUGGAUUUGCUUGUAGCAUGUUUUUCAUGGCGUUUCCCACAACGCGUCAUGGAAUUGGUUACGCUGCCUAGGAUGAAGUUUCAGGGAGGCCAUGAUUACGCUAAGAAAUAAUGAAAAUGCUUCUGUCUCAAUUGUAUUCUUUUUAAUUGCCUUACAAUGUGGAGGAUGAGUUUUAGGGUUUCUGCUUUGUUUAAGAGUGAUGUGCUCGUAGCUGAUUUCAGAUCUUCAUCACCGGCCCGAAGAGCUUUCAAGCUAAUGCUUGUUUUUAUUUGCAAUUGUUCUUUCACUCUCUGUUCUUAUGCCUUGGGCAUAAAGUGUUUUAUAAUUCAUAAACAAAUAAGACUCCAUGGGAUUUCAUCACUGUUUA